AUGACGGAGCGUUUGGUCCUGACGCUAGUGAUGGGCGCGGCGGUCGCGCUCGGCGGUUAUUACUGCAGCAAAGCAGUGACUCGUCGCCGAUCUGGUCGACUACCAAGUUCCGCCUCGAGGUUUCUGGCUGCUGCACCGCGUCGGAGUCUACGAGAGCUCCAGCCAUCCGGCCAAUGGGUCGCACUGUGUGGUACUGUGUUCAACGUGAGUGGAGACCCGUUCUUUGACGCGUCGUGCGCGGGCGUCUACAGCUCCUGGGUGAACCAUGAGGUCACGUACUUGAUCCUUCAAUUGGGACUCGUUUUGGACGCGGCAGACGAUGCAAAGGCCAUUGCCAGUUACUUGGAUCGCGAGUGGCAAUUGGAAGCGCUGCAAGGGGAUGGGGAGACGGCGAGACGCGGGCGUGACCUGCUCAUUGAGUGGUUUGGGCGCUUUUACAAGCGCUACCAAGUGGUGGCACAGCUUCGUGACUAUUAUGUCGGUGGGCACUGGGAUGUGCUGAGAACGCAGUUGCUACCAUCGGGUUCUGGAUCGAGUUCGGGGGGUGGCAAGUGCCCGUUGGGGUUUGGAACGAAGACGAAGAACAAGGUCAUGUCUUACACGGAAGAAUUCGGGAAGGAGUUGAAAACCAUCACGUUCCAAGGACAACGCUAUGAGGUGUCACAAACGAGCUUGUUUCGUCCUGAUGGCGGCCAAUUUGCGCAUUUCGUUGGCCAUGACGUCACCUAUGCUCUGGCAAUCCAAUCGAUGCGAGUGGAAGAUUUAGAUGUCGUACCAGCACGAGCGUAUACGUUUGAAGAACAGCUGAUGCUGGAGAGAUACCGGAAGUUCUUUGCUCGUGAGUUGGCACUGGUAGCAGUGGACAUUGAGCAGAUUGAAAAUGACGAUGGUAAGUCGAACGUGGUGGAUGUGCACCAGCUUAUUGAAAACAGCGGCGACAUGGCGGAAGAAGAAUGUGUGCAACGUCUGGAAAAGAUGCUAGAAAGUGCAAGUGCAGACCAGGUGAAUGCAGUGUGUUCUCGCACAGUGAUGACUCCAUUGCACAAGGCUGUGGAGAAGAACCGUUUCGAUCUCGUAAAAGCGCUUGUCCGUGCUGGAGCAGACAUCGAGGCACGUGCGGCACUGUACGAUGACGAGACACCAUUGGACAUGGCCUAUCGAUUCCGUUUCAACGACAUUGCUGCUCAUCUCGAGGCUGUUGCUACAAGUGGCAACUGA